AUGUCGCGAAAACGGAAGGCCCUUUCGUUUAAGGAGAAAAUUGAAAUACUCAAGAAGGUCGACGACAACCCGAAGAAGAAACGUGUCGAGUUGGCGAAGGAGCUAGGCAUAGCACCGUCGACGCUGUGCACCAUUGUUGGGCAGCGAGACGUUGUGAUGAAGAAUGCCCAGCACUUCGGCGUGAACGUCAAACAGGCGAAGACGGCUACACACGUGAAGCUGGAAGAGGUCCUGCUGACAUGGUUUGGCGAAGUUACAGCGGCCGGCGUCAACGUGGACGGCAAGGUGCUACGCGAGAAGGCGGACAACAUUGCGCUUUCCCUGGGAAUCGAAAAUUUCCAAGCUUCCGGAGGAUGGCUGCAUCGUUUUAAAGAGAGGCAUGGACUUGUCUACAGAGUCGUUUGCGGUGAAGGAAAGAAAGUGGACCAGUCAGCCGUCAGCGACUGGCUGAACACGCUGCCGGCACUGAUUUCAGACUAUGCACCGCGCGACAUAUUUAAUGCUGCCGAGGCGGGCCUCUUUUUCAAUUUACAACCAGAGAGGAGCUUGUGUGUGAAGGGCCAGGCUUGCCAGGGCGGCCAAAAAAGUAAGGAGAGGAUCACCGUGCUUUUUUGCGUGAAUGCCGACGGCUCGGAGAAAAUUCAGCUUACCGUCAUAGUGGUAGAGCAAGUUGGCUUGAGUGCGUCCCUGUACAGCCGCUCCAUCCAGGAUGAUCACAUCUGCCUUCUAAUCAAGCAUAUGAAUCCCAGCCGGGUGCUUGUGGAUGGCAAGAGCACGAACUCGCAGCUUCUGUCAAGUCUGCUGGAUGAAGUUCGUUCUCUGCUGUGUGCCAGCAGCAUGACCUCCACUUAG